GAUGCAUGUAUUGAGAUAAGAUAAGGCUUGAAAAGGCUUGAAAAGACUGCUGUCGGCUGGUGGUUUGGGGGGUCACCAGUGAGUACUCAGGUAGGCAGAGUACUUCUACAAUUUUACAGCCAAAGUACCAGAGACAAUGGCGCCGACGAACGAUGUCAUAUCUCGGGUGGAUAGUAUCAAUGAUGAGGAUCCUACAGAGAAGAGCAAUUCAGAGCUCAAUAAGCGACUCCUGGCCAUUGAAUGGGGUGAAGAUGAGGAGAAGAAGAUUCUGCGGCGUUUAGAUUUCUAUUUGAUUCCGUUGGUCAUGGUUAUGUUCUUUACUUUGAACUUGGACAGGUAUAUCGAGAAUCGCCAAUCUCUAAAUUCACAAAGGCUAACACAGCAUAUAGAGGCAACAUUUCCAAUGCCCUCACCGAUAACAUGAUGGCGGACCUCUCCAUCACUCAAGAAAUCGUCAAUACGGGGAAUAGUCUCGUCUACGUUGGCAUUUGCAUUGGGGAUAUUCCAGCAAAUAUUAUGAUUCAAAAGGUCUUUUAUCACCACAUUCAAAGAAACUUUUCAGGGCUAAUGAAUUUCAACAGAUUGGUGCUGAUGUUUGGCUCCCAUGCCAGCUUCUUGCCUGGGGUCUCGUAGCCACCUUUCAAACUUUCAUCAAAAAUAAGGCUGGAUUCCUAGCCACCCGUUUCUUGCUUGGUCUAUGUGAAUCGGGUUUCAUUCCUGGUACAUUAUGGUACCUUACCAAGUGGUACACAAAACGUGAGUUGGGAAAGAGAACAGUGUUAUUCUUCACUGGUAGCUAUAUGGCAAAUUUACUCAAUGGUCUUAUUGCAUAUGGUUUAUUACGACUUCGUGGAAGAGCUGGUUUGACUGGAUGGCAAUGGCUUUUCCUUGUUGGUAUGUGAUACACCGAAAUCUUCUAGCAAUGCUCCUUGCUAAUAAUAUACUAGACGGGCUCGCCACUUUGACUGUGGGAAUCACAACACUUUUUCUCCUACCCCGUGAUCCCAGCCGCGGGAACUCAAUUAUCAAACUCCCACUUUCAUCGUUCACACCUCGCGAAUCAGAAAUCCUUCUCGGACGUAUCGUCCGCGACAAUCCAUACAAUACCGACCCUAGGGAUUCCCAUCUCUCUCAAUUUCAAAUCUUGGUUUCCGUUCUUACAGAUUGGAAAGUUUGGGCACAUUGUUCAAUGGCUUUACUAGGAUUAGAAUAUUCUCCUCCAAUAGGAACAUAUUCACCAUCCAUUAUCAAGAGUUUUGGGUUUGGAACGUUCAAUUCGAAUUUAUUGGUGAUGCCAAAUAGUGCUCUUCUAAUCAUCACCACAUUUACAUUAUCAUGGUGGAGCGAUAAGGUCAAUUCGAGAAGUAUACCAAUUAUAUUCGCCGCAAUAUGGUUACUCGUCGGUCUAAUCGUUCUCGAUGUACGUCUUCCACAUUCCCCGUCUCCUUAGACCUCUCCCCUAACACUCCUUCUCUCUAGACACUCCCCCACACAAAAAGCCACUGGACCUUCUACGCCUUCCUCGUCUUCACCGGUGGAUCACCCUCCUGGCACCCUCUCAACGUCGCCUGGCUCAACGCAAAUCAACCUACGCCUCGUCGUCGCGCCAUAGCCGUCGCACUCUACAUGGCUAUGACGAAUCUAAGCGCUGUUCCCGCAAGUCAUAUCUUUCAGGCAAGUGAUAAACCGUAUUAUCAUAAGGGGUUUAAGAUACUGUUUAUUAUGGCGGCGAUGGCGAUUAGUGUUAUGGUGGCGAUGAGGUUUGCGUAUCGGUGGUUGAAUGGGAGGAUUGAGGAGGGGAAGGGGACCCUCGAGGGUGGGGAGUUGGAUAGGGGGUUUAGGUAUCAGUUGUAGGUUUUUGUGGGGGGUUGGAUGUUGAGGGAGUGAGGAAGAGAAAGGGAGAUAGAUUUGAAAAGAAGAGGGAUUAAUAUGAGAUAUCUAGAUGCCAGGUACUCAAUUGUAAUCUUAACAUGAAAAUGCUGAGAUGCUAGAUCAAUAUCAUUUUAUAUAUAUUGAAAUCUAUAAUAUCGAAUUUUAUACUGCUAGUAGCAUUGUACAUAAUGUAAAUACUGUGUAUCACUAGCAACAU